AUGAGGUUACCACCGCCACCAUCCCGCCGCCCACUCUGCAAGGCAGCAGCAGCAGCAGCAGCAGCAGCAGCAGCAGCAGCAGCAGCAGCAGCAGCAGCAGCAGCAGCAGCAGCAGCAGCAGCAGCAGCAGCAGCAGCAGCAGCAGCAGCAGCAGCAGCAGCAGCAGCAGCAGGAGCAGCAUCAGCAGCAGCAUCAGCAGCAGCAGCAGCAGCAGCAGCAGGAGCAGCAUCAGCAGCAGCAGCAGCAGCAGGAGCAGCAUCAGCAGCAGCAGCAGCAGGAGCAGCAUCAGCAGCAACAGCAGCAGGAGCAUCAGCAUCAGGAGUAGGAGUAACAGCAGGAGCAGGCACAGCAAGAGCAGCGGCGGGGGAAGAGCAACCAGAACCAUUGAUCCCAGACCAGCCAGCUAAGAGGCCCCAGACCAACCCCCGCCCAUACCCCCUUCCUUUCCCUUCCCCUGCGGCACAGGUGACGACUCCUUCCAGGCUGUGCCCUCGGGAUUGCAUCCCCUCUUGCGAUCCCAGCUCGCCUCCGAACGCGAUGCACUCCUGCAUGAUCUCUCCAACCGGCCUCACAUGCUCUCACGCCCUGCCCCUGCCGCCCCCCAGGAGGCUGGUGCUCGCAUGUUGUUACGGCCCAAUCAUACCCAGCUUGCCCGAAUACGUUCUCAUGAGUGGCCUCCGGGUGUUCCUCCAGGUGUUCCUCCGGGUGUUCCUCCAGGUGUUCCUCCAGGUGUUCCUCCAGGUGCUCCUUCAGGUGCUCCUCCUGGUGCUCCUUCAGGUGCUUUGUAUGGUGCUCUGUCAGGUGCUCUGUUAG